CACAGCUGCACAACUGGGGCUGAAAGCAGCUACUCGAGAUCGGCUUUUUUCCCCCUCCUCCUCCUCCUUUUUCUCUCCUCCCCUCCUCUUCUCUUUCUUUCUGCCACAGCCCACCCCCCUCCACCCCAAACUCCUCGGCCGCUCUCGGACCCCGACAAAGUUGCAAUAGCUGCGGCUCCUUUGCAGCCUGAUCGCUAGGCAGGGAAGAGGGGUGGUGGCGGGGUGGGGAGAAUCAGGACUUUGCAAAUAUCCUGCGAGCGAGUCGAGAGCGAGCGAGCAAGCGAGAGCGAGCGAGAGCUUCAUCGUCCGACAGACAAAGACUUUGCAAAAGGCAAACAGCACCCCCCUCUCCGCCCCCAAACUGCUGUUCCGCUGCCCUGCCGUGCCGGCGGGGCCGGGGCUGCCGCAGCCGCCGCUCCCCAUAUUGCACUGCAGCGCCCCCGCCCCCUCCCUCCUUCUCUCCCUCUCCCCAGCUUCUUCCUCGGCCGCUCCGGGGCAGGAGCUGAAAGUUUCUCUGCGGGUGAGAGUGGAGGCGCCGAGCCUGGAGUGAGCAGCACUCGGUAGAGUCGCCGGCGAUCGACAUGGCUGGAGAGCUGAGCAUCGGCCCAGAGCUGCCCACCAGCCCGCUGGCCAUGGAGUAUGUGAACGACUUCGACCUCAUGAAGUUUGAUGUGAAAAAGGAGCCCCUAAGCCGGGCAGAGCGCCCUGGACGUCACUGCACUCGCCUGCAGCCUGCGGGGUCGGUGUCGUCCACCCCCAUCAGCACUCCUUGCAGCUCUGUACCCUCGUCGCCCAGCUUCAGCCCCACUGAGCAGAAGACGCACCUGGAAGACCUGUACUGGAUGGCCAACAGCUACCAGCAGAUGAACCCGGAGGCUCUCAACCUGACCCCCGAGGAUGCGGUGGAGGCUCUGAUUGGUUCCCACCAGGUCCCCCAGCAGCUGCAGGGCUUCGAGAACUUCCGGGCCCACCACCACCACCAUCACCAACAUCAGCACCAUCACCAUCAAUACCCUGGAGUCAGCCACGAAGACCUGACUAACGGAGGACACCCUCACCAUCAUCAUCAUCAUCACCAAGCGUCCCCCACCCCUUCGACUUCCUCCACUUCAUCCCAGCAGCUGCCCAAUAACCACCCGGCGGCGCACCCAGCCUCUAGCAGCGUGGAAGACCGCUUCUCGGACGACCAGCUGGUGUCCAUGUCGGUAAGGGAGCUGAACCGGCACCUGCGAGGCUUCACCAAGGACGAGGUGAUCCGCCUCAAGCAGAAGAGGAGGACCUUGAAGAACAGGGGCUACGCCCAGUCCUGCAGGUAUAAACGAGUCCAGCAGAAACACCACCUGGAAAACGAGAAGACCCAACUCAUCCAGCAGGUGGAACAGCUCAAGCAGGAGGUGUCCCGGCUGGCCCGCGAGAGAGAUGCUUACAAGCUGAAAUGCGAGAAACUUGCCAGCAAUGGCUUCAGGGAGGCCGGCUCCACCAGCGACAACCCCUCCUCUCCAGAGUUCUUCAUAUGAGAAAACUGAAGCCAAAGGAGGUUAAGUGGCAGAGAUAACAAGUUGCAGAGUUUUUAAGAAUGGACAUUACUCCAAGAGAAGUUAUGGCUCUUAAAGAACAUAUCACAGUCACUGUUAGAGACAAUUAUUUCAGAGGCUGUUAGUGUGGUGAUAUCAGCAUUUCAAGAAUCAUUCAAGUCCACGAUGGAACUGGAUCACCGAUUGCACCAAAGUUCAAAGGAAAGUGCACUCAAAAAAUACAAUCAAGAACUGAAAAUAAUUGCUAAAAAAAAGUUUAAUUAUUCUUCAGAAAAAUGCAAAAACCUUUAGAAAGACCAGGCAGAUGGGGAGAUGGAAGAACAGCAAGAAGAUCAGUAAAAACAAAAACAAACCAUACAAAACAAGAGCUGCUAAUCAUUGCUAAGAACAAAAAAAAAUACUUGUUAUGGACAAAGUGAUGCUUCAC